AAGUGCCAAUUUCAACUUUCAAAAACAUCUGAUUGUCAAAAGUAUAAACUUUGUGUUGCAUGCGGCUUUUCUCGCGUAUUUUAUUAUCAUAACAAAGUGUAAAUACGACUUGAUAACAAAAACAUGGGCGAUAGAUGUGAAGCUAAGGCAGAUGACCACAGGCUGAAACCAGCGAUCCGGAGUCACCAAAGAACACCCUCAGGAUCCAGAGAUUUCAAAGAGGCAACCAAAAGGGAUGCACUCGCUCGCCUGGAGGUGGAAUUAGAGAGGCUACUCUCAACCCUUCCUGAACCCAAGAGACCAGUGGUCGAGAAGGAGUUCAAGGGCUUUAAGAACUUAUUUAGCAGGUUCUUGGCUGAACAGGGGCCAUCUGUAACAUGGGAGAAAAUCCAGAAGUUGCCCGAGGGCGCUGUCAUCGACUACUCCACUCUGAGCACGCCGACCACAGAUAACAUCCACCAUAUGCUGGAUAAGCUGGUCGUAGUAAAGCUAAAUGGUGGUCUUGGCACGUCCAUGGGUUGUAAAGGACCUAAGUCCGUGAUUCAGGUUCGGAAUGAGCUUACGUUCCUGGAUUUAACUGUACAACAAAUUGAGCACCUUAACAAAACCUACAAAUGUAAUGUACCACUGGUUCUAAUGAACUCGUUUAACACGGACGAAGAUACUCAGAAAGUGAUCCGCAAGUACAAGGGCUUGAAAUUGGAUAUUCAUACAUUUAACCAAUCGUGUCACCCGAGAAUUAACAGGGAGUCAUUGCUGCCCGUACCAAAGAAUAUAGAUGUACAUAAUGAUAUUGAAGCUUGGUAUCCCCCCGGCCACGGUGACUUCUACGAAUCCUUCAAUAAUUCAGGUCUCCUCCAGAAAUUCAUCAAAGAAGGCCGAACCUACUGCUUCAUCAGCAACAUCGACAACCUCGGAGCGACCGUCGACCUGAACAUCCUAAGUCUACUCCUGAAUCCUGACCAGAAAAGCGCUGAAUUCGUCAUGGAAGUCACCGACAAGACCCGAGCCGAUGUCAAAGGAGGCACUCUCAUCCAGUACGAAGACAAAUUGAGGCUGUUAGAAAUUGCCCAAGUGCCGAAGGAACACGUCGAUGACUUCAAGUCUGUCAGCCAGUUCAAAUUCUUCAACACGAACAACUUAUGGGCGAAAUUGGACGCCAUUCAAAGGGUGGUCGAACAGGGAUCUCUUAACAUGGAGAUAAUCGUCAACAACAAGAGCUUGGCUGACGGUCUCAACGUGAUCCAGCUGGAAACGGCAGUCGGUGCAGCGAUGAAGUGCUUCGAGGGUGGAAUAGGAGUGAAUGUGCCAAGGAGCCGGUUCCUACCGGUGAAGAAGACGUCAGAUUUGCUGCUAGUGAUGUCCAAUUUGUACAGUCUGUCGCACGGAUCGCUAGUGAUGUCCCCACAGCGAAUGUUUCCGUCUACGCCUCUAGUGAAGUUGGGUGACAAUCAUUUUGCGAAGGUUAAGGAAUUUUUGAAUAGAUUCGCGACUAUUCCGGACCUGAUCGAGUUGGACCAUUUGACGGUGUCCGGUGAUGUUACAUUUGGGAGAGGUGUCUCUUUGAAGGGUACAGUAAUAAUAAUAGCUAAUCACGGAGAUCGAAUCGACAUCCCGUCAGGAGCCCUGCUAGAAAACAAAAUAGUGUCAGGAAACCUGCGUAUAUUAGAUCACUAAUUCGUAAAAAUUCUAUUUAUUAAAUUAUCCUUUAUAAAAUAAUUUAUUAAAAAUUUCGUCAAUGUUUAUUCAAAAUUUUCCUUUGAUAAACAAAUUUCUUGAUUCUUGUUAUUUAUACUAGAAUAUUUCCAUAGUUGUAGGUAUAGUCAAUUUUAUUUUUAUAAGUAGAUACAAGAUAUUGUGGUCUCUCAUAUAUUAGAAAAGAGAGCAAGCGUAUUUGAAUUUGCAAAGUGUUAUUAAAAUAUAUUUCAUGUGUCAACUAGUAAGUUUUAGGAUUUUAUUUCAAUGGAUAAGCACAAUAUUAGAAUGUAAGUAUAAUCAAUCUUUUUCUAAUAUUUGUAUAUUAAUAUUUUUCAUCUUAGAAUGAGUGCCAUUGGGGAAUAAAAAGUUUUACGUA